ACAACAACUGUAGCUCAUCAUAACUAACUAAAAGAGAGAGAUUAUUAAAAUAUUUUAUAAACUGUAGUUCAUCCUAAUAUCAAAAUAAGUCAAACACUUUACAUCUUUAUAAUUUUAAACCUUUACAGAAAUGUUUUGCUUGAAAGUGUUUUGUGCCUUAUUUCUUUAAAAUAAUGACAUAUUUGCUAUGUAAUGCAACAACAUUUAUGACCUUAGUGCAGUGUUUUUUAACUGGUGCGUCGCGACCCAAAAGUGGGUCGCAAGACCGUUUUGACUGGGUUGCGGAGUGUGUAGUGAAAGAAACAACAACCACAACAGAAAACGUUUAGAACUGUUCUAAAAGUUUUUUUUUUCUGAUGCGAGACUUUUAUUCUGAAAGACGUGCGUAUCAGUUUUUGACUCUUCUGUCAGACGCAGUUUAAGUAAACUGCACCUGAGAAAAACGCGUUGCAUGAUUCUGUAUCUUAUGUCAGCGUUGGAAGAAGGUGUGGUGUGUGGUGGCUGCCGAGGGCAGACGCAGCAUCGCACGGUUGGAGGUGUACGAGCACAAACACUCCUCCAUCAAACAGGGCUCCAACAAACGCAAACCCGACUACAAACAGGUGAUCCGGCUGCGAGAAUGCAUCCGCAUAUCAGAGAACGAGAUGGCUGACUGCCCCAAAGACUGCGCCGCCUUUCUUCUCGAGACCUCAGACAAACUAUACGUGUUUGCUGCCAUCCAUUCAGAGGUGAAGGGCUGGAUCAGGAGUCUGUGCGAGCAGGCGUUCCCUAACAUCGAGGCUGAACAAAGAUUACAGAGAGAGAGUUGCUGCUAUUCUGAACCUCUACACAGAGAAAUGCAGGAAAACUCAAUCUAUGACACGGCAGAGAGCGUUCGAGAUUUUCUGGUUAUAGCAGUGAGCACAGAGGCUGCCAUUCGGUGCAAUCUGUAUGGGGACUAUAUCCUUACUCCCCUGCCAGACCGCUUAAUCCUGAAGGACAUUAAAACUAAGAAAGAGCUUUUCAAAUGGCCAUACUGUUACGUAAGGAAGUUUGGACAAGACACGCUGUCUUUUUCCUUUGAGGCUGGUCGUAGAUGUGAGUCUGGCGAGGGGAAUUUCGAGUUUGCAACCCAUCAGGGUGAAAGACUGUUCAAUGUUGUCAGUGCAGCCAUCCAGAAUCUACCCAGACCCUCUGCAGCAAAGUCGAACAGCCUUGACCAUGCAGAACAAAGUAGAGUUCAAGAAACCGUGGCCACGGAUGAAACGUACGACGAUGCCAUAGUGAGUCAAGCGUCUGACUUUUUACCUGAGGCCAAGAUACAGAGAGCACUUCAGAAACCAUCAAAAAUGCUCAACCCUGCUUGGAGGAGCUUUUCUUUGAAUGCAAUAGAGCCACAAAGCGAAAGUCAAGUGAUGAGCAUUGAUGCCGACUUUGAGAAUAAGGAAGCAGUCUACGCUACAGUGUCAAAAGCUCAGCCAAAAGCCACUUCCCCUACAGACCCUAAAAUGCACUGGCAAAACCUAAAAAAAGCUCUCCAGCAGUCUUCAUUUCUCCGAGACUCUUUCGAGACCAACGCUGACAUUUCGCAGUUGUCUGAUUUCGCAAUUUCCCGGGAAGAGGAUGCACUUGAGGAGACGAUGACCGCAGAAGAUUUGACUGACUUGUUGGGUGAUUCCAUCCAGCAAUUAGCAAUUAAUGACGCAUUACAGAACAUCAGUGCAGAACCAAUUUAUGCAGAUCCACAGGAAGUCCAAGCCAGAGCUGAGUGGGUUGUCAGUCCUGAGUAUGGUGAACCAGAGGAGGUCAUCGAGGCUAAUCAAAGAGCUCAUGAUGGGGCAGACCACCUAGCCGAGCAUGACUUCUUCUACAGCCCACACGCCAUGGCUGCCCCCUCCAACCCCAUGCAAAGUCCAGAUGAAAUGUAUUCAACUUAUGACAAUUUGAGUUUGAAGGGGAGGCAAAUGUAACAUGGCAUUUCUCAGUAAAAACCAAGGGAGGUAAUUAAUAGGAAUUGUGGCUGUUGAAUAUAUACUAUAUGGACAAAGGUUUUUCUUAAUUAUCGAAUUCAGGUGUUUCAAUCAGACCCAAUGCCACAGGUGUAUAAAAUCAAGCACCUAGCCAUGCAGUCUGCAUUUACAAAUAUUUGUGGAAAAAAAUGGAUCGUUCUGAAUUAGAGCUCACAUGGUAAUGUGGUAGGAUGCAACCUAUGCAAUAAGUCAGUUCAUGGAAUUUUAUCUCUGCUAGAUAUUCCGCGGUCAAUAUUAUUGAAAAGUGGAAGCAUUUAGGAACAGCAGCAACUAACGGAGCGGAGACCACAUAAAUUCACAGAACGGAUUCACCGAGUGCUGAGGUGCAUAAAAGUCACCAACGUUUCGCUGAUUCCAUAGCUGAAGAGUUCCAAACUGCCACUGGCAUUAACUCUUUCCCCAGCAUUGAUGGAAUUUUCUGUCAUUUAUGAGACAAUGCUGCCUCGCCAUUGACGGAAUUUUCCGGCAAUCUAUGUUUUCACUAUUAUAUGGUAGGGGGCACUGUUACGCAUCUUCUGAAACUUCUUCUGAUAACAUGUUAAGAUAUUCAUACAACAAAAUAUUCUGAGGGCCAUGUCUCACAUUACAUGUUUUGUGAAAAUGAUCAAAAAUGCAGGCGGUGACUGGCAACUUUAAAAAAAAAAAAAAAAAAUGCUGGAGGGGAAAGAGUUAAUAUCAGCACAAUAACUGUGAGCUUUAUGGAAUGGGUUUCCACGGCUGAGCAGCUGCAUGCAAGCUUCACAUCACCUGGUACAAUGGCAAGUGUCAGAUGGCGUGGUGUAAAGCACGCUGCCACUGGACUCUGGCAGUGUCCCAACUGUGGUGGAGGAGGCAUACUGGUAUGGGGCUGUUUUUCAGGGUUUGGGCUAGGUCCCUUAUUUCUAGUGAAGAGAAAUCUUAAUGCAUCAGCACACAUUUUGGACAAUGCUAUGCUUCUAACUUUGUGGGAACAGUUUGGGGAAGGCUCUAUUCCAGCAUGACUGUGCACAAAGCAAGGUCCAUAAAGAAACGGCUGGAUGAGUUUGGUGUUGAAGAUUUGACCCGCACAGAGCCCUGACCUCAACCCCAUAGAACACCUUUGGGAUGAGCUGGAACAGAGAUUGCAAGCCAGGCCUUCUCGACCCACAUCAGUGCCUGACCUCACAAAUGCUCUAAAAAAUUCCCACAGAAACACUCCAAAAACUUGUGGAAAGCCUUCACAGAAGAGUGAAAGCUGUUAUAGCUGCAAAGGGGGAUCAAUUCCAUACUGUAUGUAUUUAGAAUGCAAUGUCAUUACAUUGUCAGUCCAUGUUGGUAUAAUGGUCAGGUGUCCCAAUACUUUUGUCCAUAUAGUGUAUAUUAGAGGUGUAAUGGUACACGUAUUCAUACAGAAAAUGUUCUCUACGGGUCUUUUGGUUCGGUAUGCAUGUGUACCAAAUGAAUACUGCAUUGUUUAAACCACUGCAUGUGCAGAACUUCUUUGUGUGCUGAAUGUAGUUUCCCAAGGAUGGGAUAAUAUUAUUUAUAUCAAUAUACUUUAAUGUGAUUGAUUUAUCCGUGCGCAUUAUUAUUAUUUUUUUUUUUUCAAAAUUCACGUGCAUUCGUAAUCUUUAAUCAAAAACGUUAACCUCCCCUCCCCCUCGAACUUUCUUUAUGACGCACGUCUUGACGGAGGGGACUAAUAUCCUCCACAACUGACUGCAAACUGGCAUUCAGACCUGCCUCCAUUUAGUUAGCAACGUCCAAAUUGGUACGAUCCAGUCAAUUCCCGAGGACAAAAUCAAGUCCUGCCUUACAUUUUUUUCUCAUUCAAGAAGAUGUUUCACUUGGAUAUCACAUAGGGACAUAUGUAUUUAUAUGUAUAUAUACACAAUAUAGUUUCUUCAUUACUAUUUCUAACUAAUAACUAAUUUCUAACUUUAAAACUAGUGAUUUUUAGGCAUUGUACAAUGUAGCAAAGUUAGUUUACAUUCUUAAUGAAAAUUAUAAAGUUUUACUGAGAAAAUAUAUCUUUUUUUACACUGUGUCUUUGGCUAAGAGUCUGGAUGGAGGUCCUUAUUGGGUCUGUAGUUGAAAACCCUUGGUUUAGUGAAUUUGCCAUGCUCUUUACUUGGUGAAAAACAACAAAACCUCUCUUGCCACUUCAUGUAUCAUGUUUUUCCACUUAAUACCCUCUUCCAGGAAAUCUUUGAUUGCUAGCUGGUGAAAUGUUCAUGAAAUCUGCUUGACUGUAAUGGAACAGUAAUAAUUACAGUUGGUGGUACAUGCAUUGGCUGCGGUCUGGAUUGGAGGAGUUCUGUCUCUUGCAGACUGAUUUAAUUAACUGUGCGAAGGGACCUGCGGCUUGAAACUGAUUGGGAUCCCGACCUGCCUGAGUAUGAAGAUGUCACAGCGCCUCAUUCAUCUCGUGCUGUCUGUCACUGUCUCUGCUGAGAUGGACGCCUGCUGUAACCGAUCGACGUGUAGUGUGCAGUUUGGGGAGUCUUAAUUUAAUUAAUUUCAUUCUCUACUAAAAAAGUGUGUGUUCAUUUAAUCAUUGGGUGGUUAAUAAAAGCAUUUGUAAAAAGUAAAA